CUAGCUUGAAGUUCAACAACAAGAUUUGCCAUGAAGUUCGCAUGGCUCGCCACUCUGAUCGCGUCUGCCGCAUUGAUGACUAGCGUAGCUAUCGCAUCUGAGGACCUCACGCUAAACCCCCAGAACCUACCCUGCGACAACUUGAAUCAAGCCGGGUGUUCAAGAGGCAUGACAGGAUAUAACAAUGGAAACGAUUACGGGUAUUUCUGUGGAUCUAAUGGCAAAAUCAUAUCUUAUCAGGCCUGUCAAUGUCACAACUGCUGUACAGUGGUAGACGAAGGGGAUGACUUCGUCUGCGAAUGAGCAUGAACUCCAACGUGCCUGAGUAAGCCUGUCCUUCCUUCGUUUCCUUCUUAGUCCGAGUGUUGAUGUGCUUGCUUUCGCUAGUUCAUGGAACAAUUAGCAUGAUGCAUGCAAGAGGACGUGAAGGAGUAUUGUAGCUUGGCAUGAAGUUCUAGAGCCAAUCGAAU